CGUGACUCUUUGUAGGGUUAGCUGGAUGGACGCCUGGUGUUCGCAUAGCCAUCGUUCCGUGUUUACAUUUAUUCUACACUUCGCUGUAAACAGUUGUAAACAUUUAAGACGAGUAUGGAUUUACAAAUCCCACCAAAACUACCAGGAACAGGACCUUGAUUCCACUAACGUGUUUACGUGCUGCCGCCAACGUCAACGUUGACGCCAAUGUCAAAGAAUAGCUCGCAAACUGCGUGUCGCAACAGUGGAUGUCGCCAGUGAUUAACUAACUAACCGAACAGCACAAGCGAGCGAACACAGCAGCCGCCACGAUGAGGAUUUUAAGGUUUCUGAGGAGCAGCGUGUCCGUGGGAAAGAACAUCGACUAUUACUCCAAAUUUUCACCCUCUCCUCUCUCAAUGAAGCAGUUUCUGGAUUUUGGCUCAGAAAAUGCAUGUGAGAAAACCUCCUUCACCUUCCUCCGGCAUGAGUUACCUGUGCGCUUGGCAAACAUCAUGAAAGAGAUCAACCUGCUGCCAGACAACCUGCUGAGGACUCCAUCGGUGCGGCUGGUCCAGGGCUGGUACAUGCAGAGUCUUCAAGAGAUUCUCGAGUUCAAGGAAAAAAACGCAGGCGAUGAUAAAGUCACAUAUGAUUUCACAGAGGCAGUAAUAAGGAUCAGGAAUCGGCACAACGACGUGAUUCCCACCAUGGCCCAGGGAGUGGUGGAGUACAAGGAGACCCACGGCACGGACCCCGUCGUCAGCCAGAACGUUCAGUACUUUCUGGAUCGUUUCUACAUGAGCAGGAUCUCCAUCAGGAUGCUGCUGAACCAGCACACGCUCCUCUUCGGUGUGAAUGUGAAGGUGAACCCGGCUCAUCCCAAACAGAUCGGCAGUAUUGAUCCAAACUGCUGUGUCAGCGAUGUCAUCCGAGACGCCUAUGAAAAUGCACGGAACCUCUGCGACCGGUACUACAUGAACUCUCCUGAGCUCAUACUGGAGGAAUUUAAUGUCCAACCCGUCACCGUCGUCUACGUUCCAUCUCAUUUAUAUCACAUGGUCUUUGAACUUUUCAAGAACGCCAUGCGGGCCACCAUGGAGCUGUACGGGGACGCCAUGGAGUAUCCUCCCAUCCACGCGCAGGUCGCUCUGGGAACCGAAGAUCUGACCGUCAAAGUAAGCGAUCGGGGAGGAGGCGUGCCGCUGCGCAAGAUCGACAGGUUGUUCACGUACACGUACUCCACGGCUCCCCGGCCCAGCAGCGACGGGGCCCGCGCCGCUCCUCUGGCCGGUUACGGGCACGGCCUGCCCAUCUCUCGACUCUACGCCCGCUACUUCCAAGGGGACCUGAAGCUGUACUCUCUAGAGGGUUACGGAACUGAUGCUGUCAUCUACAUCCGGGCGCUCUCCACAGAGUCCAUCGAGAGGCUCCCCGUGUACAACAAGUCGGCCUGGAAACACUACAAGACGAUCCAAGAGGCCGACGACUGGUGCGUCCCCAGCAAGGAGCCCAAGGACAUGACCACGUUUCGCAGUUUCUAGAACCCAGCCGGGUGCCGUCCUGCAGAUUUUUCCAUCUCACUCCUAAUGGUGUUUCCUUCUCGCUCCCGCUGGUGCCAUUGAUGUUUAGGACUGGGAGUAUAAGUAUUUUUGAAUAAAUGUACCACGCAAUAUAUCAUUAUCAACCAACAUAUGAAUUACAGUAUAUCUGUUACAAACUAAAGUCAGCUGAUGAAAUCAGUUGAAAUGAAUUAUUUUUGAUGCGUAGAGAACAAACUAUCGGCUCGGUUGGGGUUUCGAAGCGUGUGUCUUUUGCUCCACUGGUUUACAGCUGCUCCUUCAAACCCGCAGCUGAUUUUAUUUGAGAUGAAAGUUGAUCUGCAGCUUUUAGUUUGUGUGUGCAGAGCAUGUUCAGCUCAUCUCUUCUGCUGCGCUUGGCAGAUCAACUAUUGCUGCUUGUUCUUUAAAGGGUUGGAAUCUUCUGCUGAUGAGUUAGCAGCGUUUCGGUGCAUCAGUUGGAUGAUGUUUCCAAGCAACAUGUGAUCAAAUCACGGAUUUGCAGUCUGUAAACAGACAUUUUGCACCUUUUGAACAUUUAAGGAAAGUGGAUUAUUCAAAUUUAAAGGCUAUAUUUUAUUUUUAUUGUUUGCAACAUAUUUAGUUUUAUUCUUCCCAACAAGUUGUAUCACAAAGUGAGAAACAUUUGGAUUAGAUUUUUAGAACUCAUCCUGUCAAAUAAGCUAGUAGAUAUUUCCAUUGUGACACUGAGUUACAGUUACCUGUAUGAAUCAUGUUCAGUGGAGAAUAAAUAUUUGAAAAAA